AUGUCAAGAAAGACCGGUAAAGCGAACUUGAGGAUAAAGCGUCAGAGCGAUUCGCAACAGGGUGGCAGUGUGAUAGACAAUAUCUUUAAUAUACCGAUCACGGCGAUCAGACAAACAGGUGCCGCAGCGCAGACCUUCACUCCAGAAAAUUCCCAAGCAAUCGACAGUAUCUUACAGAUUCCGAUACAGACACUAGAAGCAGUCGGGAAUCUGGUUAAAUCGACGUCAGGACAGAGGGCCCUGAAUUCCGAGGAAUUCCAACGGAUACGACAGGAACGAAGAGACAGACUGGUGGCCCAAAGGGAACGACAAAGACAGCAAAGGGAUCAGAUACAGCAGCAACGAUUGAAACAACAGCAGAUUAAGAGGACCAUCAAAUUUCCGCAUAAAGAUCCGUUCGGAUUGAACGCGUUGUCGAAUCUUCUGGUUGGUAAUCAUGGUUUAUUAGGUAGUUUUGGUGGUCACGGUGGUCAUGGAGGGCACAUGGGUCAUGGUGGGCAUGGUGGUCAUGGUGGUCAUGGAAAUCAUGGCAUCCACGGAGGCCACGGGGGCACGAUGAACAACGGUCAGCAUACGUACGAGGUCCACGAGAACAUCGACGAGGACUCGUCGUACAUCUGGCACGGGAUCACCGCCGGAAUAGGAACGUACCAUGGAUCCAAGCCGACCAGCACAGUCACGACGAUCACGAAUAAGAUCGCGCCGAAGGAUCACAAAUCGAUCAAGUACAAUUACGAGGACAGAAUACAAAACAAAUUGCCGACCACUGAUAUAAAGGAUCCACUGGACUACGAAGACGAUCCACCGAUACGGAACAAGAUCGCGCCGAAAAGCAACAGAAUAUCGUUUCAAUCGUGA